ACAUAUUCAACGUUAGCAAAAAGCGACAGAACAAAUCUUUAGCUUUUUAUUAACAAAAAAAUAAAUAUAAUGCAACAACAGCGAAAUGAUAACUGCAAUCGACAACAAAUUCCUUCAAAUAUUUUUGGACCAAUCCCAUUUCAAACAAUGGGUAGUCCUUCACUAUCAAGAAUUUGGAAUGCAUGCCAGCAACAACAGCAUCAUACUAAUAAUUAUGGUUAUCUACCAUCAUCAUAUCCUCUUUCAUAUUCACCGAAUCAUCAACGAUUCUCUGCUCAACGAUCAUUAUUGCCCGCUUGGCAACCUUGCCGUCAACAACAAUUAGAUAACUCAAGAUUUUUCCAUUCACCAUCAUCACGACGAACAUUACCACCAUUCUAUCAUAACCAAAAUUAUCAUCAUCACCAGAAUGAUUGUUGUGGCUAUAGAAUGACAAUCGCCAAUAAUGCUAGUAUCAUUGGAGUUUGUCAUUCUUCAACGUCCGGUUCAUUGGACACUUUUUUGAAACCUCGUCCACCACAUUCACGUGAUAUUGUCCCAAAAUUUUACAAAUCAGUCAUUGAUGAUGUUAUCGCAUCGAUACGUGAAGUUUUUCUGGAUGAUGGAAUCGAUGAACAAGUGAUACAGGAUUUGAAACAAACAUGGGAACGUAAAGUAUUGGAAUCACGUGCGGUUGAGCAUGCAUUACAACAGGCUCAAGCUCAAGCUGCGUCUCCAUCGUCAUCGACUACAACGUCGGGAACUUCGACGACAACUAAUACAACUACAACUUCUACAAAUUCGUCAUCAAAAGCCGAAAAGUCAUCGAAAAAUAGUCAGAAAAAAGAUCGUGAGCAGCAGCUACAGCAGCAAAGUAAUACCGGUCAAGGUCAAACAACAUCAGUGAUUACAUCGAAUCCAAAUCACGUACAAAAAAAUGGCGGUAACAGCAAUGCAUCCAAUUCCAAAACCACCAACAAUAUCUCAUCGAAAGUAAUAAAAAAGGAAAUUUCUGAUGAGAAUAUUGCCAGUACGGCCACAACUUCAAAAAAACAGCCAACGAUAUCCGCUAAUUCUAACACUGUGAUGGUCACUAAUCAAUCGCAAUCGCAGCAAAAUGUUGUAACAACGAUAGCGGCACCAACUCUGGCGACGACCCUAUCUGGUCAUCUUCCUCAGCAGCCGCAACAACAGCCAACAAUGUUUCGUGCAUCGGCUAUCGUUCAGAAUACGCAUUCAUUGCAACAGCAGCCUCAAUCACAACACGGAUUCAUUGGUAUGACUACUUCAGCAUCGCCUAAUGGUGGAGGGCCCCAUACUGGAACGCCAACAUUAUUACAGGUAUCAUCAUCAAUUUCCCCAACAAAUUCCUCGUUAUCAACGAGUCAAAAAACCAAUAAGCGGCAAACUGGUGGUAGUGGAGGUGAUGGGAAGCAUGUUCAUCAUACAUUAGCUAGUGGAAUGAUUAUCGGGUCUAUGGAUGUUGGUGGUGGUGGUGGUGUUUCUAGUAGCUCUAAUAUUUCCAGUCAUAUUGGCAUAGGGAGUGAUGGGAUGGGUAAUAGUAAUGCUGAUGCUAGAGGAUCUUUUAAUUCAUCCCUAUCAACAACAACAACAACUGCAGAAGCAAACACCUCUUCCUCACAGGGUCGAUCAACAUUUAAGAAUGUCAAUUCAUUAGCAAUAAGCAGUAGCGAUAAUAAUUUUAAUACUAAUAGGCAUUAUAAUAGCGAUAUAAUUAAUAUUAAUAGUAGUAAUAAUCAUAAACGUAUGAGAAUGGAUAUUCGUCCAUCUAACAAACGACAAUCAAACAACAAUAGUCAGAAAUCGAUUCAUAAUCCUCAGCAACAGAUUAAUCUAAAUGAUUUAGCUGAUGCCGCAAUUAUUUCACGAAUGAAUUCCCAAGAUGGUAUUGGUAAUCAUUUGGCUAUUGGUAGCGGACAACAUAAUUAUCCCGUUUCACAAUCAAUACCAAUUAAUCUAUCGACUGCUACAAAUACAAAUCGUUCAUUAAUCUAUCCUGAUCGAACUGCAACAGGAGCAAAUGCUCAUAACCAUCAUGAACAAAUGGUUAUGCAGCAAUAUUUGAAUUCAUUUAUGAAUCAACCAUCCUCAUCAUCGCCCUUUUUAUCCCCAUAUGUUGCUACAUCAUCAUCGAAUAGUUCUACCUCCACUUCUAAAUUAAAAUGUGUUUUUGUUGGUGAUGAUGCUAUUGGUAAAACUAGUUUAAUCGUAUCAUAUACAACCAAUGGUUAUCCAACUGAUUAUGUGCCAACUGCAUUCGAUACCUAUUCUGUGUUGGUCACGAUCGACAACAAACCAUGUCAACUACAACUUUGUGAUACUGCCGGCCAAAAUGAAUUUGAUUCGAUUCGGCCAUUAUGUUAUAAUCACACUGAUGUAUUUUUGGUUUCAUUUUCGGUUGUAUCUCCACGUUCUUUUCGUAAUAUCCGUCAAAAAUGGUUACCCGAAAUUCGUCGUACUUUUAUGGGCAAUCAUUCAAAAUCCAAUAAUCAACAACAACAACGUUCAAUGCCACCAUUCAUAUUGAUUGGAACUCAAUGCGAUCUUCGACAUGAUGUCAAAGUAUUGAUUGAAUUAGAUGCUAAUGGCGAAGAACCGAUCUCAUCGGAUUAUGCACGAAGUAUGGCCAAAAAAUUAGGCGCCAUCUGUUAUAUUGAAUGUUCGGCAUUGACCCAGAAAAACUUAAAGGAAGUAUUUGAUUCUGCCAUUCUAGCUGGUUUGGAAUAUCAAAAGAAUCAACGUCAUAAACAUCCGAAUCAUCAUUGUACUGAAUUUAUCAAUCAUCCGAAAAAUACAUUGAAUGAUUCUCCGAAAUCGCCAUUUUCAGCAAAACGAAUGCCUAGCGAAUCUCGAUGUUCACAUAGAAAUGAAAAAAAUUCAAUCUAUCAGGAUUAUGGUCAUCGACAUUUUCUUCCAUCAACACCUCCUAAAUUGGCACAAAUAUCUGAUGCUAAAUUAGUAAGUUGGCGGAAAUCAUUGACGAAAUUAUCUGCACAAGAAGCAUUGAAAUCUGAAGCUGAAGCUAACCACGAGAAUCAUUCCCAUUAUGAAGAUGAUGAUGAACAUUCUUAUUAUGAAUAUCAUCCAUACUAUCAUCCAAUCGCUUCAUCGAAUAUAUUCUCUUCAAAUGUAACUACAGCCAAAUUAUCUACGUUCUCACCAUUGACAUCACCGAUAACUUCGCCUAAAUUUCCGAAAUCUAAUGUCAUGAAUGACAAAAACAAUGUUGUUGAUAAUAAUCGAUCAUCAUCGAAUUCAAAAACAAAAUCGAAAAAAACCAAUAGUUCAAAAUCAGACAAAUUACAAUCAAACUGUCAAUAUGAUUUGGAAUCAACAAAAAUCACUGCCUCUCAUUGUCAUAUUCCAUAUCAUCACAAUCUAAUACCAAAUUCUCCACGAAAGAAUCGUACAAUAAUUGAAGAUAAUGACAGAGCUCUGAUGAAAAAUGAUUCUAGUCUUCUUGUAACAGAUAAAAAACGAUCGAACAAUAAAUCUAAUCAUUCCUCAUCAAGUGGUUAUCAACCAUCAUCAUCAAUAUUGAUGACACCACCUUCAAGUCCAAUGAUAUAUCAUCCAGAUUAUUGUUACAAAUUGUCAUCACCUCAAAAUUUAUUGAACAAUCCUUAUGCUAUGACAAAAUAUAUAACACCAUAUGGUACGACAGUAACUGUUGUUCCUACAGCUGUAGUAAGAUCACAAUCACCGGCUCCAAUUUAUCAAACAAAUCAUUCUUCAAGACAGCAUCCGCAGCAGCAACAACAACAAAAACACCAAAAUUCUGCCCCAUCCACACCUAUCGUACAUAAUCGUUCAAUUUUUCAUCAAUUAAAUCCUAAUUUAUGUAAAUCUGAAUUGAAACAAUCAAAACAACAACGACCAACGAAUUCACCAAAAACCAAUUUAGCAACAACACUACGAUCAUCAUCAUUCUUUUUUCUGCCAUCUCAUACAGUAAAAAUGAUGAAAAAACAACGAGAAAUCAAUGAUAAAGCAAAAGAAAAAGGAGAACAAAAGAAAAAAUUAUCUAAAUCCAAUUCAACCGCUUCAUCUCAUUCGAUGGCUUCAUCGUGUUCAUCCUCAUCAUCAUCAUCGUCCAUUCAUUCAUCAAAUGAAUUAUUCCGUACAAACGAUCAAUCAAAUACAAAUAAAUCAAUGUUGGAUCUAUUUCAUCAAAUUAUGGCGACUAGUGUAACAGAAUUACGUAAUAGAAAAAGUUCAAUGUUUCGACGUUUAGCAUCAUCAUUAUCAUCAUCAUCAGGAACGAGUAAUCAUUCACAAUCAAGUCACCAUCAUCAUCAUAAUAAUACCUCAUCAUUAUCAGCGUGUUCAUCCAAACAAGAAAAACAAAAAUUAAAACUUAAAAGUGAAAAACUGAAAGAUUUUUAUUAUUAUGAUUCUUAUGAUUAUGAAGAAAUUGAUCUGGAUCGUCGAGGAAAAUGUUGUGGAAUGCGUAACAGUAAUGGUAGCCUUUGGUCUUGUUGCUUUCCAAGGAGCUUUUAGAAUUUAUCUUGCCAAUCAAUUUAUUUACAGAAAAAAAAAUACAUUUUUUAAUUUCCUUAAAUUUAAAUUUUCAUAUUUAUAA